AUAUUUUUCAACAAUAUGUUUUUCCACAACGGGUAAAUUGGAAGUGUUGUUACGUUAAAUUCCGUUGUGUAUCGAAUAAAAAUUGUUUAACGCCGUUUCCUAUUAAAAUCAGCAAGCAUGAGUAAGACAAUGAAAGCUCUGCAAUUCAACCGUCCCACGAAGACGCUCAAAUUGAAGGAGAUUCCCAUUCCGAAGGUAGAAAAAGGUGACGAUGUCCUUGUCAAGGUGGUCUACUGCGGUAUUUGCGGUACUGAUUUGCACGCUAUCAAGGCCAACUAUCCAACUGCCGAGCAUGACGUCACUCUUGGCCACGAGAUAUGCGGAGUGGUGUCUGAAAUUGGAGCCGAUGUGAAGACACUCAAAGUUGGAGACAAAGUCACGGUGGAUCCGUACCGCGGCUGCUACAAGUGUCGCUACUGCGCCGGUGGAAAUCCGCAGUACUGCCUCCACGAGGGGCCCAAGAAUGCGCUGGGAUUUUUCCGUGAUGGUGGCUGGGCAGAGUACUGCCUGGCACCUGCUCAGCAGGUGCACGUGGUGCCCGAAUCGAUGGGUCUCGGUCUGGACCUGGCCUGUCUGGUGGAGACUCUCUCCACCAUCCAGCACGGCGUCGAUCGCAUCGGCAUGGUGCCGCACGACGCCAACGUUCUCAUCAUCGGCGCCGGCAUCAUCGGUAUCUUGUACGCCUGCAUCUUCCACCUGCACGGCCACAAGAACGUCAUCAUCUCAGAGCCUUCAAACGAGCGCAGGGCGCGCAUCGACGUGCUCGAGCUGGGCUACAAGGCGAUGGCACCCGACCAGACCCGCGAGAUGAUGGCCAAGGCGGCGGAAAACCUGGACGCCUACGGCCUGGACUACGUGGUCGACUGUUCCGGCUACGCGCCCGCAGUCGAGGAGGCGUUCCAGUGGCUCAGAAAGGGCGGACGUCUCUGCAUUUUCGGUGUUGCCCCACCAACGGCCAGAAUUAGCAUCGCGCCAAAUCAAAUGUUCCACAAAGAACUGAUGAUUCUCGGUACUCUGACCAAUCCGUUCUGUUAUCCCAAGGCUACCGCGCUGACGGCUGCGAUGGGGGCGCGCUAUCUCGCGUACGAUAAGCUGGCUAUUCAGACGUUCGAUCUGAAAGACUACGAAAAAGCUCUCAGCUCGUUGGCAAGUGGUGUCAUCUCCAAGGCUGUCUUCAAGUUUUCGGAGUGAUCUUGUUCGGAUUUCGGAAAAUACACUUUUGGUCAAUA